AUCGGGUGCCCCUCGAGGAGCCGCCGGCUUCACCCCGGUCACCCCCCAGCUCGAACCGCCAGGAGCGAGGCCCUCCCGAGGCCCCGGCGCAAGGGACCAUGAAAGUGAGGUCGGCCGGUGGCGACGGAGAUGCGUUGUGUGUUUCAGAAGAGGAGCUGGCUGGCGAAGAGGACAUGCCGUCCUUCCCGUGCACACAGGAGGGCCAGCUGGGGCCCCGCUGCAGCCGCUGCCAGAAGAACCUGUCUUUGCACACAUCCGUGCGGAUUUUGUACCUCUUCCUGGCCCUGCUCCUGGUGGCUGUGGUUGUGCUGGCCUCUCUGGUUUUCAGGAAAGUAGACUCUCUCUCAGAAGACAUCUCCCUGGCCCAGGCCAUUUAUGACAAGAAGCUUGUGUCUGUGCAGGAAAAUCUCCAGGGACUUGAUCUGAAAGCCCCGAACAACUGCUCUUUCUGCCAUGAGGCUGGGCAGCUGGGGCAAGAGAUCAGAAAACUGCAGGAGGAGCUGGAGGGGAUUCAGAAGAUGCUUCUGGCUCAGGAGGUCCAGCUGGACCAGACCUCCCAGACCCAUGAGCUGCUCUCCACCACCAGCAGUCAAAUCUCCCAGGAGAUGGGCAAUUGUUCCUUCUCCAUCCACCAGGUCAAUCAGACUCUGGGGAUCUUCCUGACUCAGGUGAGAGGCUGGCAGGCCACCACAGCCGGCCUGGACCUUUCUCUGAAGGACCUCACCCAGGAGUGCUAUGACGUCAAGGCUGCAGUGCACCAGAUGAACUUCACCGUGGGGCAGACCUCAGAAUGGGUCCAUGGGAUUCGCCGGAAGACGGACGAGGAAACCCUGACCCUCCAGAAGAUUGUCACUGACUGGCAGAACUAUACCCGGCUCUUUGGCAGCCUGCGCACCACCUCGGCCACCACCAGAGAAGCAGUCAAGAACAUCCAGGCCACCCUGGGGGACACAUCACAGCACAUCAGCCAGAAUUCUGAGAGCAUGCAUGACCUGAUGAUGCAGGUCAUGGGCUUGCACCUGCAGCUGGAUAACAUCUCAUCGUUCCUGGACGACCAUGAAGAGAACAUGCACGACCUGCAGUACCACACUCGCUAUGCCCAGAACCGCACGGUGGAGAGGUUCGAGACGCUGGAAGGACGCAUGGCCUCUCAUGAGAUCGAGAUUGGCACCAUCUUCACCAACAUCAAUGCCACCGACAGCCAUGUGCACAGCAUGCUCAAGUACCUGGAUGAUGUGCGGCUGUCCUGCACGCUGGGUUUCCACACCCACGCCGAGGAGCUCUACUACCUUAACAAGUCUGUCUCUCUCAUGCUGGGCACCACGGACCUGCUCCGGGAGCGCCUCAGCCUGCUCAGCGCCCGCCUGGACUUCAACGUCCGCAACCUGUCCAUGAUCAUGGAGGAGAUGAAGGCCGUGGACACACAUCAUGGGGAAAUCCUCCGCAACGUCACCAUUGUACGAGGUGCCCCUGGCCCUCCAGGACCAAGAGGACUCAAGGGAGAUGUAGGCAUGAAAGGGCCCGUUGGUGGCAGAGGACCAAAAGGAGAUGCUGGCGGCUUGGGUCCCCCGGGACCUCAGGGCCCCCAGGGGCAGCCGGGGGAAACCGGACCCAUGGGAGAGAGGGGGCCAGUUGGCCUGCGAGGCUUCCCAGGCCUCAAAGGCUCGAAGGGCAGUUUUGGAACUGGAGGUCCAAGAGGACAGCCAGGCCCCAAAGGGGAUGUGGGGCCCCCAGGGCCAGAGGGGCCCCCAGGGCCUCCGGGGCCAGAGGGGCCUCAGGGAAAACCGGGGAUUGCUGGGAAGACGGGUUCACCAGGCCAGCGGGGGCCCGUGGGACCUAAGGGCGAACCCGGGAUCCAGGGUCCCCCUGGGCUUCCUGGGCCCCCAGGCCCACCAGGAAGCCAGGUCCGCUACUGAGGAGGGUCCCCAGUCCCAGACACUGCCAUGCAGAAUGCCAGGAAGGGGGCUUAGGGCAGAGCGAGCUCCCAGAAAGCCUCACGUACAGAUGACCGUGCUCCUUUGAGCCCGAGGGGGCUGGCCCCAGGCCUGGACCCUGCACCUCUGGGCUCCCUUGUAGUGGCUGUACCAUGGAAAACAGUCCCUCCCAGACACACACACAUGCAUUUCCCUGCUGGCCGGGGGGCCAACUGGGUUUCCCUGGCUGGGCAGGAGGAGGGGGGAGAGGAAGGCCUCCCUCUCCCAUGACUGAGCCAGCCAGGGAGGUGGCUACCUCGGGAGGAAGGCCUUGAACUUAUCCCUGAAUUGGUGACCAACGUCAGACUUCCCAGCAUCUUCACACCCAUCCCGGCCAGCAGUUUCCUGGGGCUCUCAGUGGUUAAAAGGACCCAGGGGAGCUUUUACAGGGGAUUAGGGUUCAAAGUCUAGGGACAAGAUGGACUUGGCGCCUGGCAGAUCCUCCCCCUAACUGUGGGAGCGGAGACCUGGGAGCACCCGGCCUCACACGGGACAGAGGAAUCCACUGUGGCCGCCGUCCUCAGGACAGUGCCGUCCUGCAUACCGUGCCCUCAGGAGUUCAGCAGUGUUUUCCACAUCUCCAGAAAAUUCCUUGCUUCACCCAUGCUUCCACCUGUCAGGAGCAUUCCAGAAGAAAUCUAUGCAGUUUCAUCUGUGCAGGGAUACUCGCCAGGCACUGGACCAUUCCGCCAAAGUGGCGCCCAGCCCAUGGAAGGUGGAGGACGGCUGGCGAAGGCUGUGGUCACUAGGCUGCCUAGAAAGCUGUCCCCCUUGCUGUCCAUUCCUGGGGGGGGCCUCUCUGUGGUGGCUGGGGGAGGACUGACCGCGGAUAACAGGGCAGCUCUCCCUUCUGCACCCAGCUCUCCUUCUGCCCAGUGACCUCACGCCCUGUGACCCAGAAUGGCCCACGACCUCUCUGCAUGAGAAGCACAACUGAACGAGGAGGGAUGGCCCUGAACAUCCACAAGAGGCUCAUUUGGACAUCACCCCUUGCCCACCUCUUGACUUGCUGUACACCCCGGCAGGAGGGAGCAUGCGGAAGCCCCCCAGUGGGGAGAAGGCUUCCCAUAGGCUCAACUCGGGGAGCGGCCCUGCCUUCGUGUUCCAGCAGAGCCCGACCACCCCUGGGGCGGAGCAGGGAGCUGUCUCCUCCCCAGCCUGACUCAGAGAUGAGCCCCUCUCCCCAUUCCAAUUGCCUUGAUGCCAUCUCUCUGCUCAUAAUAGAUGUGCAACUGGUUUGCACUCUCGCCCGUCCCCACUGUCAUGUAAUUCUUCUGUCCACAUAUGAUAUCAUGCAACAUAGUAUUACUGACUCAGUAAAGAGUUGUUUCCAAGAA